AACCAUCCUGGUGCGCCUGCUGUGUGGAGCAGCUUGUCGGACCGACCACCAGAAACCUUUUUUCAUCUCUACCUCGCUCCGUGGGUCACGUGAUGUAUUUCUGACGGGGUGGUGGGCGUGUCUUAAACGGCGGGGUUUCAUUCAUAAAUCCUUUUAGAUUUAAAGACCAACAUUAAAGUGUUGAGAGGAGUGUUUAGUGUUGUCGGAUUCGCCCCUCCGCUCCUGUGAGGACCAGACUGCUCGGGUAGCCAUGCAGCGCUUUCCUCCUGUUGAUGCGAGACCAGUGGGUCGACCCUGAGGGGAAACGCUGCUGCUCGGGCUCUGUCGGCUGGGUGGGCUGAGGAUGCUGCGAGGGAGCUGAGGAGGAGACUCCUGAUCCUCACACUCAUCCAGAGCUGGUGCUGCUGCUGCACACUGCCUUCCAUCAGGUCACAGGUGUCAGGCUUGUUUGGUAGGAUGCUGGAAAUGAACGAGGUUGGCAGAGGAAAGCUAGAUGGUAGAUUAAAGGUUGCUAAAGUUGAGUGCUGCAGUGACGUCAAGGCGAGCGAGGGGCGCUGAAUGCUGCUGGCAUGUUGCUUCUCCUUUGCUGGGAGGACUAUCUAGUUGACUUGGACCAUGAGCAAUGAGUCUACUGUCUGGAACAUCCUACCAGAAAACUCCACAGAGAUCCCGCUCGAGGUCGAGGAGCAGAAGGAUGGCUACGUGCUCCUGCUGGUGAUCCUGUCUGUCUUUCUGGUAGGAUCACUGGUCUUCAUCUCCGUCUUCCUCAUCGCGUCUCGCCGCUGCUGUCGUGGAGGGCAGUUCUGUCCCAGGGUCAGCGAUGAUCCAGAGAAAUCCACAACGUACAUGGAGGAGUCUCAGCCCACCCAUGAAAUCACUAUCAGGGUGGAUGAGUCAGACUGCCUUUCCAUGGCCAGCUCCCACGACCAGGAGACCGAGCGCUUCCUGUCCACCGGUCCCACGGGCCGCCGCGUCUCCUUCAAUGAAGCUGCACUGUUUGAUCAUGGCAAGAAAACCCAGGAGAAAGGCCGCAGGUACACGCUGACUGAAGGAGACUUCCACCAUCUGAAGAACGCCCGACUCACACACCUCCACACCCCGCCACCGGCCCUUAAGAUAGUCACCAUCCAUGAGUGCGACUCGGCCGAAAACACCAUCACCAUGGUAACGCGGCCUGUUGCUAAAUCAGCACUUUCCAUCUUCCAACCAAUGCUGUGCCCCCUACCACAAACGGCUUUGACAAGCUUGAGUGUCAACCCCAGCAGCAGCGCCCUCCCUGGGGAUGCCCUCAACUCUGUGGUGGACACCAGCUUCUGUGAGAGCCCUUUAGUUCUCAGCACCAAGGAGCCGAGUUCCUGCUCUACAGAGUUAAUAGGAGCAAAGCCGCAGGACAGAGGCAGCAGUGCGAGUGUCGGAGAAGGGAGGACGUUGGGAAACGGCGGCGCUCCCACGGGAGGUGGCUCAGGGAGCCCAAAGCCUGUUCUGCAGUUCCUAACUAAACUUCGGCGCCAUGCAAGUCUGGAGGGGGCUAGUCCCUACUUCAAGAUAAAGAAAUGGAAGCUGGACAGCAGCCAGAGAGCCUCCAGCCUGGACACAAGAGGCUCCCCAAAGCGGAGGCAGUUCCAGCGCCAGCGGGCCGCCAGCGAGAGCAUGGACCAGGAAGACAAUGAUACUCACCACAUAGACCUCAUCCAGUUCAUCGCUCGCACCCAGGAUGUCGCCUACUACCCCAGCCAGCCCACCACCCAUCUCCUCUCACCGCCGUCUACACCACCUCCCUCCCUCGGCAGGGUAGAGGUGGAGGUGAUGGUGGAGCCCAGCGGCAGCCACAGUGGACCGGGGGUGAUUGGCUUGUCCCCUGAUCCUCAAGAUGAAACGCUCUCUGUGAUAAAAAGGGAAGGUGCCAUUGCGUCAGACCUGCACCAGCCGCACGAUCCCCAGUCACUUUAUAGAGACAUCUGGAGUCUACGUGCUUCUCUUGAACAGUACGCAGCCUCUGACCAGAGCAGCAACAAUGACAGGAACUCGGUCUGCAGUGAUGCUGACAGCGUGUGCUCACUGGGUGGACGCACAGAUGCAGAGAGAGGAGGCCUUCCCAGCUACCCAUCCCAGGAUUUAGGGGACGAGGUGGAGGGUGGAGAAGAUAACAAGGAGCUUUUUGUGCCUGUGAAUGAGAAGUUAGGGGUGCAUGAGUCAAGAAAGAGGAAAUUUGGAAGCACAGAAUCAGAGCGUAGGGGUAGUGACGGAGAAUCGGGGACUCGUAAACUCUUGCAGAUGGACAGCGGCUACGCAUCAAUAGAGGCUCCAUCUCGAGGUCCAGAAGACCUGCGAAUGUUUGGGAGUAGUAGCAUCAUUGGCAGCCCUAAGGACAAAACCGCCCAUGAGAGGAGGCAUCAUUUUACCAGCGCAGGGCGAACAGGGACAAUCGGCGAGAGUUUUGAGUCUCGUCUCUCUGAGAAGGAGCACGAAGAUGAAUUGUUGCUGGGUGCCAGUGGAGGAGUUUCCAUCGACACAAGUGCUGGUUCACUGAGCUGGCUGCCACAUGGUCAGAUGCUCAUAGCUCGGGAGGCUGCACAGCCGCCACAUCAACCUGUAAUUCUGCACCGGCGAGACUACAGUAUAGAUGAGAAGACAGAUGUGCUCUUCCAUGAGUUUCUCCGCCAUGACCCCCAGUUUGACCAGCAGGAGUCGCCGAGAAAACACCGGUCUCGAAUCCACCUCCGCAAGCAGUGGCAACGCCACAAACAGUGGAGCGACCCUGGAGCUAGGCACUUCCAGUCUUCCUUUGAGAAACAGCGAACCCCACUGCGGAGGGGGGACAGUGUAAACUACCCCCUGGAUACAAGCUAUCACAGUACGCUGCCUCGCAUCGUCAGUGCUCCUGACGAGGAGACCAGCGAUGGAACCAGCAGCACUCCUGAAACCCCAAAAAUAGACCCAACCACAGUGGCAAACAGAGGAAAGAGCAAAAGUGAAGACUUAUCCUCUUCUCUUCCACUUCUUUAUCCCACCGUCUCUGAAAAAGAUGGAGGGCUUGUCGAGAACCCUGACCCUCAGGAGGACAUUAAACCGAGUGGGAACCUACCCGAACCCUCAGACGAGCGCUCACCCCCUCAGCUGCAUGACUCUUCGAGCUACAGCCCACACACCAUCACAGCAGAGCUCACAGACAAACUAACUGCUAACCUGGAUGAGAGGCUGUAUGUGGGCCUUCACCAGACGACCAAGGACACAGCCACUGAGUGUGCGACGGUGAUGGCCACUCACACCUCUCCAGACCACAGCCCAGUGUAGCAGGACUCCAGUCAUCAGUUUUAUCAGCCUUUACUUGUUUUUGCUGACACCGGUUUUGUUUUGUUUGGUUUGUUUUGAUUCAGUCUUUAGUCUCUGUGUAGACUGACUUAUGAGAAUCCCAACCCAAAAAGAAAA